AUGCGUUAUCAGCGCUCACCCAUAGAGAUCGAAGCUCCCGAGGAGGUUGGGCAGCCAAUCCUUCAUAACCUCAGUGACAGUGCGGUAGGCGACCGCACCCUGGAGGACCUGGGGAUACCCACCCCGAGGGAUCUGGCGCUGGCGUACAGCAAGCACUUUGGGAGCGACCGCUUCCGCGAACUCAUCGCCCAGCGCGCCGGCCUAGCUGCGAGUGACAUCCUCGUCGUCGCGGGCGCCUCCGCCGCGCUGUUUAUCGUUGCCACUGCCCUUCUCGAGGCUUCGGACCAUCUCAUCGUCACCCGGCCCAACUAUGCCAGCAACAUUGAGACCCCGCGUGCCAUUGGUUGCAAGAUAACCUAUAUCGAUCUAGAGUUCGACCAGGGGUUCCGGGUAGAUAUUAAGCGCAUCGCGGCGGCCAUUCAGCCAAGGACGAAGCUGAUCAGCCUCACCACCCCGAACAAUCCGACCGGGACCUGCAUGUCCGCGGAGGAGCUGAAGCAGAUCGCGGACCUGGCUCAGCAACACGGCUGCUACGUUCUCGUCGAUGAGACGUACGCGGAGCUCACGUAUCUCGACCGUCUGCCGGGGUGCGCCUCGCUAGGCCCCCACGUUAUCGGUGUCGGCUCUAUGUCCAAGGCCUUUGGCGUCCCGGGCAUCCGUGUUGGCUGGAUCUCCACGAAGAACAGGCAGCUACAGGAAACUUUCCUCGCCGCCAAGGAACAGAUCAAUAUCACCGUGAGUGUUCUAGAUGAGUACGUGGCGGAGCAAAUUCUAGAGCGCUGCGAUACAAUACUCCCCCUGAUUAUCAAGGAGAUGGAACGUCGCCGGGACCUGGUGCACGCUUGGAUCCAGUCUGAGGAACUCGUGGAGUGGGUGUACCCAGGCGGUGGCGUCAUGGGCUUUGUACGGAUGGCGCGAGAGCCGCCGGGAGGGACGGCAGCGUUUUAUGAUCGUUUACUGACAGAGCAUCAAACCUACGUCGGACCGGGACGGUGGUUUGAGCGGCCGGAUACGCACUUUCGAUUAGGGUACGGUUGGUCAACGGCAGAUAGCCUUGUAAAGGGGUUGGCCGCCAUCUCCAAGGCGUUACGUGGUUGA